CGCUCUAUAAAUAGGAGGGGGACAGGAAGCCACCAGUAUAACUGCGUAGAAGACGAGCGUAUUACUACAAGAGGGAGUUCAUUUGUUGUUCUGAACAUUGAGAGAAGGCCAAAAUGCAGAUCUUUGUGAAAACCCUCACGGGCAAGACCAUCACCCUUGAGGUUGAGCCCAGUGAUACCAUUGAGAAUGUGAAGGCCAAAAUCCAAGACAAAGAGGGUAUCCCCCCAGACCAGCAGAGAUUGAUCUUCGCUGGAAAGCAGCUGGAAGAUGGUCGCACACUUUCAGAUUAUAAUAUUCAGAAAGAAUCCACAUUGCACCUUGUGCUCCGUCUGAGAGGGGGUAUGCAGAUCUUUGUGAAAACUCUCACAGGCAAGACAAUCACCCUUGAGGUUGAGCCCAGUGACACUAUUGAAAAUGUAAAGGCAAAGAUCCAAGACAAAGAAGGUAUUCCCCCAGAUCAGCAGAGAUUGAUCUUUGCAGGCAAACAGCUGGAAGAUGGUCGCACCCUUUCAGACUACAACAUUCAGAAAGAAUCCACUCUUCACCUUGUUCUCCGUCUCAGAGGGGGUAUGCAGAUCUUUGUGAAAACUCUCACAGGCAAGACCAUCACCCUUGAGGUUGAGCCCAGUGACACUAUUGAAAACGUGAAAGCCAAAAUCCAAGACAAAGAAGGUAUUCCCCCAGACCAGCAGAGAUUGAUCUUCGCUGGUAAACAACUGGAAGAUGGUCGCACACUUUCAGAUUAUAAUAUCCAAAAAGAAUCCACCUUGCACCUUGUUCUCCGUCUCAGAGGUGGUAUGCAGAUCUUUGUAAAAACCUUAACUGGCAAGACCAUCACCCUUGAGGUUGAGCCCAGUGACACUAUUGAAAACGUAAAGGCAAAGAUCCAAGACAAAGAAGGUAUCCCCCCAGAUCAGCAGAGAUUGAUCUUCGCUGGUAAACAACUGGAAGAUGGCCGCACCCUUUCAGACUAUAAUAUCCAGAAAGAAUCCACUCUUCACCUUGUUCUCCGUUUGAGAGGUGGUAUGCAGAUCUUUGUAAAAACCCUCACAGGCAAGACCAUCACCCUUGAGGUUGAACCUAGUGACACUAUUGAAAAUGUAAAGGCAAAGAUCCAAGACAAAGAGGGCAUUCCACCAGAUCAGCAGAGAUUGAUCUUCGCUGGCAAACAACUGGAAGAUGGCCGCACCCUUUCCGACUAUAAUAUCCAGAAAGAAUCCACAUUGCACCUCGUUCUACGUCUCAGAGGUGGUAUGCAGAUCUUUGUAAAAACCCUCACAGGCAAGACCAUCACCCUUGAGGUUGAGCCCAGUGACACUAUUGAAAACGUGAAAGCCAAAAUCCAAGACAAAGAAGGUAUUCCCCCAGAUCAGCAGAGAUUGAUCUUUGCAGGCAAACAGUUGGAAGAUGGCCGCACACUUUCAGACUACAACAUUCAGAAAGAAUCCACCCUUCACCUUGUUCUCCGUCUCAGAGGUGGUAUGCAGAUCUUUGUAAAAACCCUCACAGGCAAGACCAUCACCCUUGAGGUUGAACCUAGUGACACUAUUGAAAACGUAAAGGCAAAGAUCCAAGACAAAGAAGGUAUUCCCCCAGAUCAGCAGAGAUUGAUCUUCGCUGGUAAACAACUGGAAGAUGGUCGCACACUUUCAGAUUAUAAUAUCCAAAAAGAAUCCACUCUUCACCUUGUGCUCCGUCUCAGAGGUGGUAUGCAGAUCUUUGUGAAAACCCUCACAGGCAAGACCAUCACCCUUGAAGUUGAGCCAAGUGACACGAUCGAGAAUGUGAAAGCCAAAAUCCAAGACAAAGAAGGUAUCCCCCCAGACCAGCAGAGAUUGAUCUUUGCAGGCAAACAGUUGGAAGAUGGCCGCACACUUUCAGACUACAACAUUCAGAAAGAAUCCACAUUGCACCUUGUUCUCCGUCUCAGAGGUGGUAUGCAGAUCUUUGUAAAAACCCUCACAGGCAAGACCAUCACCCUUGAGGUUGAGCCCAGUGAUACCAUUGAGAAUGUGAAGGCCAAAAUCCAAGACAAAGAAGGUAUCCCCCCAGACCAGCAGAGAUUGAUCUUUGCAGGCAAACAGUUGGAAGAUGGCCGCACCCUUUCAGACUAUAAUAUCCAGAAAGAAUCCACCUUGCACCUUGUUCUCCGUCUCAGAGGUGGUAUGCAGAUCUUUGUAAAAACCUUAACUGGCAAGACCAUCACCCUUGAGGUUGAGCCCAGUGACACUAUUGAAAACGUAAAGGCAAAGAUCCAAGACAAAGAAGGUAUCCCCCCAGAUCAGCAGAGAUUGAUCUUCGCUGGUAAACAGUUGGAAGAUGGUCGCACACUUUCAGACUACAACAUUCAGAAAGAAUCCACCCUUCACCUUGUUCUCCGUCUCAGAGGUGGUAUGCAGAUCUUUGUAAAAACCCUCACAGGCAAGACCAUCACCCUUGAGGUUGAACCUAGUGACACUAUUGAAAAUGUGAAGGCAAAGAUCCAAGACAAAGAGGGCAUUCCACCAGAUCAGCAGAGAUUGAUCUUCGCUGGUAAACAGCUGGAAGAUGGCCGCACACUUUCAGAUUAUAAUAUCCAGAAAGAAUCCACAUUGCACCUUGUGCUCCGUUUGAGAGGGGGUUUUUAAACCUCAGACUUUUAUCACACAUUGCUAUGUUGCACUGUAUUGUUGUUUGCUGCGGUACUGACCCGUAUAGUAAAAUAAAGUUUGUUGCACACU